AUGGCGGAGCGAGGGGCCCACCUCACGGCGGCCUCUGCCCACGAAGACCGGCCCUCCAUCUUCGAGGUGGUCGCCCAGGACAGCCUCAUGUCUGCCCUCAGGCCAGCACUCCAGCAUGCGGUCAAGGUGCUGUCGGACUCGAACCCGGAGCGCUGGGGCUGGCUGUGGCGCGGCUUUGACGAGGCCUUUGCGCUGCUGGAGCUCCUCCUGCAGCACCACUUCCUCUCCCGCCAUGGGGGCUCCUUCGCAGAGAACUUCUACGGCUUGAAGAGGAUCGGCGUGGAUGAUGGCCGCUCCCGUGGCCUGCCUGCCGGGCUGCGGUUGCGCUCGCUGUGCCUGCUGGUGGUGGCGCCCUACCUGGGGGCCAAGCUGGGGCGGCUGGUGGGGCGUCUGCGGGAGGAGCAGGACUACGCCAUCCACCCGCCCUCCUCGCUCCGGGGGCGCCUCUGCCGGGCCGCCCUGGCCACGUAUCCCUUUGCUGCCCUGGCCUGGGAGGCCUGGGUCCUGGCCCAGCAGAUGGGCUAUCUCCUCGGCAAGGCCCAGCACCACUCCCCGCUCCUCCGCAUGGCCGGUGUACGCCUCGUCCGCAUGACCACACAGGACUGGCAGCAGGACAGCAGCGUGAGGAAGUCCAGCAGCCUGUCCCUCUGGCUCUCCACGGGCCUCUCGGUCGGGGUCUUCUUCCUCCAGUUCCUGGAGUGGUGGCACUCCCCUGAGAACCAGGAGUCCCUCCGGAGCUUGACCGCCCUCCCUCCGCCCCCACCGCCCCUCCACCUGGACCUGGACUCCCCUCCCUCGAUGCUGCCAGCCCUCCGGACGCUCUGCCCACUCUGCCGCAAGGUCCGGGCCAACGAGGCCGCCCUCUCCACCUCUGGCUUUGUCUUCUGCUACCGCUGCGCUCAUGCUUACCUGAAGGCCCACCAACGCUGCCCCAUCACCGGGUACCCGUCCCACACCCGGCACCUGGUCAAGCUCUACGCCAAGGAGGAGCGCUGAGGGCCACCUGCCUUCCAUCACUUCCUCAGGAAGCCUUCAAACUUGGAAAAGGAACUUCUUUGGGGCUUCCAUCUUGGGAGUUGGACCCUGACACUGGUCCCAAGGAGUUGUGGGAUUCCAUGACUUCCCUCCCAAACAAUCGUGGCAUUCCAUUACUUCCUUCAGCAGUCUCCCAAGAGUUAUGGGAUUCCGUACUUUCCUUCAGAAACUUUCAGACUUUGAAAAGGAACUUCUUGGGGGUUGCCAUCUUGGGAAUUGAACCCUAACAUGGGACCCAAGGAGUUAUGGGAUUCCAUGACUUCCCUUCCAAACAAUCGUGCCAUUCUAUCAUUUCCUUCAGAAGUCUCCCAAGAGUUUUGGAAUUCUGUAAGUUCCUUCAGAAGCCUACCAAAGAGUUAUGGGGUUCCAUCACUACCUUCAAUGGUCUCCCAAGAGUUAUGGCAUUCCAUAAAAUCCUCCGGAGGUUUUCCAAGAGUUAUGAGAUUCCUUUUAAGGUCUCCCAAUUCCAUAACUUCUCUCCCAAACAAUCAUGGCAUUCCAUCACUCCCUUCAGCAGUCUCCCAAGAGUUAUGGGGUUCUGUAAGUUCCUUCAGAAGCCUUCAGAACUUCUUUCAGGCUGCCAUCUUGUCCCAAAGAGUUAUAGGAUUCCAUGACUUCCUCCAAGCUGGGAAUAGGAACUUCCUUUGGGCUCCUGCCUUGGAGUA